AUGGCGAACGUUGAAUCGGAAGCAGUCGAUUUCGAGCCUGAGGAAGACGACACAGUUGAAUCCGCCGAUGUUUCUCCACGCGCGGGACUUCCCAGGUUGAGAUCUGCGGCUAUCGCCGGAGCAAAUGAUGAAUCAGCCCAGAAGAAGAAGAAGGAGACAAACCCUAGUUCUUGUGUAGACAAUCAGAGAGAGAUUGCACAAGAAGCUAACAUUGAUGUUAAGGUAUCGAAGAUCAAGGACAUACGAAACUAUCUCUGCAAGUAUUGUGGAAUCAUGAGAUCGAAAAAGUAUCUCAUCACUUCACUCAUCAAUUCUCAUCAUCAGAUGGAAGUUGAAGAGGAAAGAGAUGAUGAAGCUUGUGAGGUUGAAGAAGAGGUCUCUGGUAAACAUACUUGCCAUGAAUGUGACGCUGAGUUUAAGAAACCUUCUCACUUGAAGCAGCAUAUGCAGAGCCAUUCGCUCGAGAGAUCUUUUGCGUGCUACGUGGAUGAUUGUGUUGCUAGCUAUAGGAGAAAGGAUCAUCUCAAUAGGCAUGUUCUUACUCAUAAAGGAAAGAUCUUUAAGUGUCCAGUGGAGAAUUGCAAGAGUCAAUUCUCAGUACAUGGCAAUGUCGGUAGGCAUGUUAAGAAAUUCCAUAGUAAGGGUGAUAAUAGUAAGGACGAUUCUGGUAAGGACGAUAUUGGUAACGGAGAUUCUCAACCCGUGGGAUGUUCAAGUGGUCAGAAGCAGCUUGUAUGCAAAGAAAUUGGCUGUGGAAAGGCCUUUAAGUAUGCUUCACAGCUGCAAAAGCAUCAGGAUUCUCAUGUGAAAUUGGACUCGGUGGAGGCAUUUUGCUCUGAAACUGGGUGUAUGAACAACUGUGAGAUAUGUGGUUCUAAGCAUUUGAAGAAGAACAUCAAGAGACAUCUAUGGACUCAUGCCGAAGAUUCCUCACCUGGAGAAUUCAAGUGUGAAGUUGAGGGUUGCUCUUCAACAUUCUCAAAGGCUUCUAAUCUUCAGAAACACGUGAAAGCAGUGCACGAGGAUAUCUGUCCCUUUGUCUGUGGAUUUCCAGGUUGUGGCAUGAGAUUUGCUUACAAACAUGUCAGAAACAACCACGAGAAUUCCGGGCGCCACAUAUAUACCUGCGGUGAUUUUGUUGAAACAGAUGCUGAUUUCAGUUCAAGACCAAGAGGUGGAGUAAAGCGAAAACAAGUUACCGCGGAUAUGCUGAUCCAGAGGACGAACUCAAGACUUGCUAGUUUUUUUACUUGCCUUAAAUUUUGUUAA